AUAUUUUCUUCUCUCGAGAAAAACGCUUUUCUCUAAGACUACUAUUGGUAAUAUAAUUGUAAAAAAUCUGAUUAGGGUUUUGCUCUGCCUUAUAAAAUGUGAAAACGUUAACUAAGAUUAACAGAACUUACUCAAUGUUAUUUCUAUGAAAUUAGUAUGAACUGAGAAAAGCUGAUAACAAAAUAACUUAGCACGUGUAGACCACCCUUUGCUUCUGACUUGCGUAGACCGGUCCUGACUAUGUUGAACAAUAACAGCGACGGUCACGUUCAAAAACCUAUGCGGAACUUACUAAUGCUGUCAACUUCAUUUCUGUUUAUUUUUUCCGCAUACGGAGCAUUAGAAGCUGCACAGAGCAGUAUCAAUGCUGAAUUGGGAGUAAUUUCGUUGUGCGCUGUUUAUGCUUCUUACACCGUAUUCUCACUCCUGCUACCUCCGCUGGUAAUCAGUCAAUUGGGGAGCAGAAAAAGUAUUGCAGUCAGCGUUAUAGGUUACGCUGCUUACAUUGCAGCUCAUUUUUAUCCGCGAGGAUGGACUCUAGUUACAACUGGAAUAUUAGUAGGUGCUUCUGCUUCGGUGCUGUGGGUAGCCCAAAAAGUAUACGUCACCAACUUAGCUUUCAAUAAUUGCGGAAAAAUUAAUAAACAGACGGAAAACACCGUUGGCUACUUUCAUAGUAUAUUCAUGGCGAUAUUCUGUGCUCGUGGAAUCGGAUCUAUCAUUAUGUCAAUAUUACUCAAUCGAGAAGCAAAGGUAGUUCAAAACGAAGACACUCCAUUUUCAAGCAAUGCAUCUUCAAGACCUUCAACAACAGUUAAAAUACUAAAUUUCAAUACCACAGAGAAUUUUCAUGAAAUAUGCGGAGAUCCAGCUAGUCGGCAAUGGGAAUCUUCAGACCCAACUGCUGAGACUAAAUUAGACGUAAACAUUGACAGCACCAAGUUGUAUAUAAUGUUGUCGGUUUAUAUCGGAUUCGUUAUAAUAGGAUUUGUUUUAUUGCUUUGUAUUGAUGAAAUGCAAGAGUUCAAACUUCCUUCCGAUCAUGCCGAACAGAUUGCUAUCGACAAUGAAGCUAAUAAAAAAUCAAACAGAAGCAAGAUUUUGUCAACCGGUCGAUUGAUGACGUCUAACAUUCAAAUGAUAUUUCUCAUACCGAGCUCGAUACAAAUAGGAAUGUAUGCUGCUGUUCCACUUACAUUUUACAUGAGAUUCUGGGUGACCUGCUCAUUAGGUGUUGAUUACGUCGGAUACGUUGCCUUCACGUACUCAUUAAUGUCAUCAAUAAUGUCCUUAAUUGCUGGCAGAUUGCUAAAAUACUUUCAUAGGAAGACAUUAUUCUUUAUUUCUUGUAUAUUGGAAAUAAGCUGCUCACUCGUUGUCUUGCUAUGGACUCCAGUGAAAGAGGACGGCAACAUUGCCAUGUUUUUUGUAUUCGGCGGAUGGUUUGCACUGGGAUAUACAUUACAAAAGUGCAUAAUCACAACUGCGUUCAGUUUAUUUUUUAUAGAAGAUCAAGAUGCUGGACAAUCAGCGUUUGCCUUCUGUGAAGCUCUGGGAAGUGCUUCUGUGUUUGGAUUGGCACCUUUUAUUACGUUUAAGAUACAAUUUUUCAUUACAACUACAAUUUUAUUAUUGGGAUUUCUGGGGUAUUUUAUGGCUGAACGCAUACACUCGCGAAUAAGCAAGAUAAAUGGCAAUAAGGUAGAAUUGUUGUUCUCGCCUAAUAUUAACGUCCAAAAUUAGAAGAACAAUCCAAUCGAGGAGUCUAAUUCAAAUCUUGAUAUGUCUUGCUUGGACCACAAUGCAGCAUAAACAGCCAAAACGUGCCACAAAUACGAUCAACAAUACUUGAUAAGUAUAUCUUAUUACGCUACAUUUACUUUGUCAACUAGUUGCCGUAUUUUACGGGCAAUACGGCGAACCGUAUUAUAAGGCACACUGUCAAUAAAUUGCUUACAUUGGGUUUUAUCCAUACAUAAGCCGCAUCGGACUAUAAGACCAAAUAGAUUUCAAAGCAAUACCGUACUGGAUUUAAAUGUAGGCAAUAAAGCAUAAAUUACUACCUGAUUGAUUUUGAGCAAAAAGUGAUUUUUAUGGUCCCUAAAAUACAGUACUUACAAUAUAUAAGUGUACGGGAAUCCAAGCCCGGCCAAGAGGUCAACAUGUUGGAAGGAAAACAAAUAAUCUCACAAGGGGACUAUUUCUCUAUGUAUUCAUCAUUUGCAUAGAUGUACUCGCGCGUGUCCGUGUUUAUUUAUUUUUUCAAAGUGACUUCUACUGGAUUUCCCAUUGGUAUUUGUGAUACUCGCCCUUGCAAUAGCCUGCAAUAUUUUGUUUAUUGCUUUGUUUCAAUAUAGUCGGCCGGAGUACUUAUCGUGACAACACGUAUUCCCUCGUUGUAAUUUAUUGGAUCUUUUGUACGAAGCCCAUCCCACUAAGGCAAUAUGUGAGAUCUGAAAAAAAUCCUUGCCACGGUAUUAGAUAACAAAUUAAGAAUUAUCCAAUUAGGGUUCGCGUUAAAAAUGAUUUGAAUUUCCGGCGCAAUCUGCAUUCCAAGCACUCACACUAACUGGAUAAUUGCUAUUUUAUUUUUAUUCUGAGCGGUGGCGGGGUUGUUUUUUGUGGCGACUUGUAUAAAAGAUCCAAUUUGUUUUAUGGUUCAACUUUCUAAGUAGUGUGUCGUUUUUGAAAUGCUCUAUAAAUAUACAGUCAAUCAGCAUACUGACGUACUAGCUAUUUGAUGACUCGUUCAAUGAUUUUUGAUAAUUCUUUUAUUUAAUUUUAACUCCCAAUGAGUUGUUAACUUCCUAUAUAUAAUUCUGAAAUGAUCAAUUCGCAUGGUUCGUGGUUUGAUUAUAUUUAUUAAAAACCGCCUUUCCGUGUCAAAUUUUUCAUAAGAAUUUGUUUUCAAUAAAUAAAAUAUUGCAAAAUGUCCAUCUCACCAUUUUUUUACGCAUAAUAGCAUUAGGCAACUGCCACAAUAUGCAAGCAGUGAGCAUGAUGCUCGUCGGGUACGGUCGCAAUUUCGGGAUUCGAUUUAAACAUUCUGAAAUCCGGAUUUCUCCUCAUAAUCUUCCAAUUUUCGCGAUUGAAGCAGUUUAAAAAAAGUACACACAUAAGCUGAAGUUUGGAAAGUACACGGAUUUAUUUUUUUCCUCAAUAUUGACGCAUAAAUGGUACUGCGUUAAAGCUGUUUUUUCGGCGGCUUCGGUUUUACUUGUAAAGUAGCCUAUAGCCUGAUUCUAAAAAAGCAAACGUUUUGAAUAUAUAGUAGCAUUUCUUUCUGCACCAUGUGGUAAGUGGGAAGGCUUUACACUAUGUUUUCGUAUAGCGCUCAACAGUGAAGCGUGGAUCAAAAUUGUAAAAAAUAAUAAUUUCGACACAAAAUACCUUUAGUGAGUUUGCGAUUGGCGUCUCCAUGGGAGUUAUAUCAAGUGAGACCUCUUCAGUACCCUGGCUUGAUUUUUUUACAUUCAAGUUGUAACAAUUUGAAAAAAUGUCCAUCGAAACAUAUUAUUCAAUAAGCUCAUUUUAUCCAAUAUCAAUUCAUACACCAGUUUCACUUUUAACUAGGCAUUUAACUUCAAGGUCUUAGGUCAUCAUUGAACACUCUAUAUAUAUAUCCCGGCUCUUUGGAAUUUUCGAAAAGCAGCAUUGAAUUUAAAAUUAGCAGGUAAUGCCAGAUUGAACGCAUGUUUCUGCAUAUUUUUAUGGUUUAUUAGCUUUGUACAGUUACUUCGUUGGAUCGUUGAAAAGAGCAUCUUAAACAAAUUUAAAUUUAUCAAGCUGAGACGUGGUGACAUUAAAUUCCACAAAAUAGCACCUACGAAAUUGACCUGCAUUUUAUGCCAGACUCUAUUGUUCUCAUUUCUUUUGUCGCAUACAACUUAUGAUUAACAACUGUGUGAAAGAACUGUGUCAAAGAACUUUUACAUAUAUAUGUCGUUUAUUGUUUACGUUCUUAGAACCUAAUCUUUUUUGUGUCGUGGUCCCACCCAACGUUGGUUUUCGACAAGUUCAUGUCUCGAACAAAUUUUUACUUGUUUCGUACAAUCUUUUGUAAAAAACACAAAAAUGCAAUUUAUGCUCUAUUCCCAUCCCUUCACAUCAGAACCUGGGACAUGAACGUGCCAUAAACUGCCUAUUGUACAUAUCAUCGUGGUGCCGCACCUCUUUGUCCUGUGUAUUGUACUUGUAGGCUACAAGAGUUUUAUUUGUAUAUUUCACGUCUGUUGUCCUACUAUAACGCAGCAGUCCUAAACUGCAGUUAUACUUGUUGGGAUGCAUGUCCACAUCUGUGUCUUGGGCCAGUAAGGUCUUGCACAUGUAUCCCGUCUCUAUUAUACUGUUUAACUAUUAUGCAGAUACUGUUACAUUUUUGAGGCAAAUAAACAUAC